CUUGCAGCAGCAGUAGCAGAAGUGGAGAGCACACAAAGAGGACAGCAUUUGUAUAUUUUUAGCUAUAGUUUCUCAUGUUAGUGUAAGCUGUAAUAUUUUCUGUUCAUUUGUACUGCUUGCUAUUCAGAUUCCAGUGACUGUGUUUGGAAGCAGUCUUGAGAAAAGAAAAUGAUUGAGCUGGGUCUCGCUGAUGGGAGCCUCAUCGAUGAGCUGAUGGAGCUGACGGCACAGAGCAUCGGCCAGUUGGAAAUCCAGGAACACUUUAACAUCAUCAAGGAGAUCGGCCGGGGAAAAUAUGGCAAAGUGUUGCUGGUCACGCAUCGUUUUAGGGGGACUCCAAUGGCCUUGAAAGUGAUGCCUAAAGCCUCGACUAAGCUGCAAGGCUUUCUGCGAGAGUACUGCAUCUCAUUACACCUGUCCUGCCACCCCUGCAUCGUGGGCCUCUUUGGCAUUGCCUUCCAGUCCAAAGAGCACUACUGCUUUGCCCAGGAGCUUGUCAUUGGGAGGGAUCUUUUUGCAGUCAUCAAACCAAAAGUGGGAAUCCCAGAAUCAUCUGUAAAACGCUGUGUCCUCCAGAUCUCCAGUGCUUUGGAGUUCAUCCAUAGCCAUGGCCUGGUUCACCGGGAUGUCAAGCCUGAAAACAUCCUCCUGCUGGACACUCAGUGUUGUCAGGUCAAGCUGGCAGACUUUGGCCUCGCCCAGAAGAAAGGAACCCUAAUACGCUUCAUCACAGGGACCUUGCCAUAUAUGGCCCCAGAACUUUGCAACGUGGCUCUGCUGGAUAACCAGAAAGAAGUAACAAUGCCUCCUCUGAGUGUCGAGCCAAGCCUGGACACCUGGGCCUUUGCAGUGGUUAUCUUCUGCAUCCUCACUGGUUACUUCCCUUGGGAGCACUGCAUGGACUCAGACAGCUUCUACCAGGAGUUUGCAGAUUGGUGCACAAUAAAAAAGAAACCUUUUAUCGAGGAGGAAAUCCCUCCUUUGUGGAGGAGGUUCACUCCAGAAGCUAUGGAGAUGUUCAGUAAGCUUCUGGCUCCAGAUGCAUCACAAAGGAUUGCAGUAGGAGAGGUGAGAGUGUUUGUGGAAAAGGACUGGCUGAAGAACGACCAUGGAAACAAGUAGUUCUAGAUAAAGGAAUGGGAUGGGCCUCUGGGAAUAUUUGGAGGAAAAAUAAAAUGGUUCAUAUUAAAUAAAA